CCAGGAGCUGCCGGGAGGGGACCUUUUCUGCGGGCGCGCGGAGUGAGGACGGAGGACGGUGACAGCCACGCGCGCGCGUGCGCGCCUGGCUUCGGCGCAGCCGCGCGACCCCUGCCAUCCACUGAGAGGCGCCCUUGCUCUGGAGCCCGUCUAGGGUCUCCGUUCCGGGACGUCCCGGGCGUCCUCGGCCCGAGUCCCGGAGCGCAGGGCCGCGCCUUCCCCGUCUGCUCCAGUUCGCUUUCCCUCCGCGCCACUGUCAGGGCCUGUCCCCCAAAUCUCUUUUCCCGGGGUAGGGUCCUCGCGGCCCAUGCUGGCUGCUGGAGACCCACGCAAUCCAGAUCGCUUUUGGGCCGGCCAGCCGGCCACCAUGGUGGUCUUGAGGUCUGUACGGCUCUUUCAGGGGGGCUAAGAGGUCCAGAGCGCAGGCCUCGGGGUGAAAGGUUCCUGGGACUAAGCCUCGCACCAUGGCUGGGGCCAUCGCUUCCCGCAUGAGCUUCAGCUCACUCAAGAGGAAGCAGCCCAAGACGUUCACUGUGCGGAUCGUCACCAUGGACGCCGAGAUGGAGUUCAAUUGCGAGAUGAAGUGGAAAGGGAAGGACCUGUUUGAUUUGGUGUGUCGGACUCUGGGGCUGCGAGAAACCUGGUUCUUUGGACUGCAGUACACAAUCAAGGACACCGUGGCCUGGCUCAAGAUGGAUAAGAAGGUGCUGGACCAUGACGUCUCAAAGGAAGAACCGGUUACCUUUCAUUUCCUGGCCAAAUUUUAUCCUGAGAAUGCCGAGGAGGAGCUGGUUCAGGAGAGCACACAACAUUUAUUCUUCUUGCAGGUGAAGAAGCAGAUUUUAGAGGAAAAGAUCUACUGCCCUCCUGAGGCUUCAGUGCUUCUGGCUUCUUAUGCUGUCCAGGCCAAGUAUGGUGACUAUGACCCCUCUCUGCACAAGCUGGGAUUUUUGGCCCAAGAGGAAUUGCUUCCAAAAAGGGUAAUAAAUCUGUAUCAGAUGACUCCGGAAAUGUGGGAGGAAAGAAUUACUGCCUGGUAUGCAGGGCACCGAGGCCGAGCCAGGGAUGAAGCUGAAAUGGAAUAUUUGAAGAUAGCUCAGGACCUGGAAAUGUAUGGUGUGAACUACUUUGCAAUCCGGAAUAAAAAGGGCACAGAGCUGCUGCUUGGAGUGGAUGCUCUGGGACUUCACAUCUAUGACCCUGAGAACCGGCUGACCCCCAAGAUCUCCUUCCCGUGGAAUGAAAUCCGAAAUAUUUCAUACAGCGACAAGGAGUUUACUAUUAAACCACUGGAUAAGAAAAUUGAUGUCUUCAAAUUUAACUCCUCAAAGCUUCGAGUUAAUAAGCUGAUUCUCCAGCUUUGUAUUGGGAAUCAUGACCUAUUUAUGAGGAGAAGGAAAGCUGAUUCUUUGGAAGUUCAGCAGAUGAAAGCCCAGGCCAGGGAGGAAAAGGCUAGAAAGCAGAUGGAACGGCAGCGCCUCGCUCGAGAGAAGCAGAUGCGGGAGGAGGCUGAGCGCACAAGAGAUGAGUUGGAGAGGAGGCUGCUGCAGAUGAAAGAAGAAGCAACAAUGGCCAAUGAAGCACUGAUGCGGUCAGAGGAGACGGCAGACCUGUUAGCGGAAAAGGCCCAGAUCACUGAAGAGGAGGCCAAACUCCUGGCUCAGAAGGCCGCAGAAGCUGAGCAGGAGAUGCAGCGCAUCAAGGCCACAGCCAUUCGGACAGAGGAGGAGAAGCGCCUGAUGGAGCAGAAGGUGCUAGAGGCCGAAGUGCUGGCACUGAAAAUGGCUGAGGAGUCAGAGAGAAGGGCCAAGGAGGCAGAUCAGCUGAAGCAGGACCUGCAGGAAGCCCGAGAGGCGGAGCGAAGAGCCAAGCAGAAGCUCCUGGAAAUUGCCACCAAGCCCACAUACCCGCCUGUGAACCCAAUCCCAGCACCAAUGCCUCCUGACAUACCAAGUUUCAACCUCAUUGGCGACAGCCUGUCUUUUGACUUCAAGGAUACUGACAUGAAGCGGCUUUCCAUGGAAAUAGAGAAAGAAAAAGUGGAAUACAUGGAGAAGAGCAAGCAUCUACAGGAGCAGCUCAAUGAGCUGAAGACAGAAAUAGAGGCCUUGAAACUGAAAGAGCGGGAGACAGCUUUGGACAUUCUGCAUAACGAGAACUCGGACAGGGGCGGCACCAGCAGCAAGCACAAUACGAUUAAAAAGCCUCAAGCCCAAGGCAGAAGACCUAUCUGCAUCUGAGUCCUCAAAGUAGGUUGUUCCCAGCUCACUUUGCAGAGCGCCAAGUCCCGAGUGGCUUUCUUUGAAGAGCUCUAGCAAGUGACCCGGCCACUCCAGGAUCUGCCACUUCUGUUGCUUCCAGCACCAGUGGGAUGGUCCAGCUCCACUGGAACCUUUUGUAGGGGGCUGGCUGGGGGCUCCCAUGGGAGCUCUGGAAUUAUUCUUCAGCCAAGUGGAGAGUCCAACCCCCCCUUCAUGUGCAAUUGCCUUUGAACUGUGACCCUGUAGAGAUCUCUCUCAUGGCAUUUUAGGUCUUCUGAGUUGCAUCUUUCUUUUCUUUUUUUUUUUUGAGAAGUGUUUGUCUUUCCUUGUCUUACGUGGGAUCCUAUAAUUCCAAGGUCCCUGGCAGCCCAGUAUGUAUGUCUCACUGCCCAGUGCCAACUUCCACGGCCCAGUCUGAGAAGCAAGUGUAAGGGAGUGAAGUGCCAAGGCUGAAGCCUAGGAGGCUGGUUCCACCACCUGUACUCCACACAGGUGAGGACCUGACACCGUGGAGAAGCACAGCCUGGCUGAGUUAAGCCCAGAGUGACCUGUCUGCAGCCCAUCAUCAGGGAGCUCACCUGAAGCUCAGGACCAGCAGUGAUGGGUCCUCACCAGGGCACCCCAAGGUAGGGUUUCUGGGUUUGGUGACAGCUCAAGGCAGAAGCUGUGAUGAAGGGCCAGCAGCUAGCCAAGGGCCAGGAGUCAGAUAGAGCGCUGGAGGGAUCUCACGGUACAGAGUGCUCACACCUUCCACCAGCCACCCCAGCCCAGGGUCUGAGAGGCAGAGGGCAGCCAGCUACAUGUAUUUCCCAUCCCUUAGACUCCUUAGCCUUAGGAGUCUUAAGACUCCUGCUUGCAGUGGUCAUGUUCUCAUCAGUGCCUUGAAACCUGGCUGUGACCUGGGAGCUCCAUAGGCUCCAAGGCCCUAUAGGCACUUCCUGUCUGGCCCCAACCACCUGACCUGAGAACCUCAGUUGCUACUGACCAGAACCACUCCCCUUCUCUGGCCAUGUACCAGCAAGCCUUCCCAAACCCUCUUUUUGUACCUGUGCCUCAUUUGCCAUUGCCCUUGUUCCCCUCAAGGCCCUUUAUUUUCUUUCCUUUGAGGGCCCAGUAGGGUCCCUUUGGUCUCUCCCAACAGGACUCUGACACAGCUGUCUCACAGCCAGUGUUCACGUUGCCUGGCACACAACCCCGCUUCUUGUGACAUUCAGAGCCACCUGAGGUUGGGCGCCACCUGUUGGCCUUUUUUCCAUGGCUAGUGUUGCUGCUAUGGCCAACCAGGGUCCUAACAGAGGGUCAAAGGAUCCUAACAGAGGGCCAUUAUUCAGAGCAGGUGAUACAUCUUAAUCAGCAAAAAGAUUCUUAUUAACUGAAGAGGGCCUGGAGAUCCCUUGAGAGCAGAGACCAUCUCCAAAAGUUUUGUUUAGUUUUGAGAAUUAAAGACACUCAUGAGAUCCUGCCUUGUUUCCACUGCCAGGAUGACUUAAUGGUACCCUGGGCUGGCCGCCUCUUCUUAGUCCACCUUGUCCCUCAGAAGCCAGCCCCGAGUGUGACCCCAGCCACUCAGGGCAUGCGCAGGGUAGAACUCUAGUUUGGAACCUUAGAGUGGAUGGAUGGCUGCCACUGAAAGGGAGAGUCCUCAGCGUUUACAAAGUCAGAUCUGGCUCUAGUGUUUGGCUUUUAUCUUUUCAGGCCUAAAACCCAUCCUUGAAUUUCUGCCAGGACUUAAUUUCCUCCUGAUCUGUAAAUUUAAUCUUUAACAGUGACUGUGGGGCAUAAGAGUAUGAUGGUGGUUUAUAAAAGUGAUGUUGGGCCUUGUUUUUUAAUUUAACUGCUGUGUGUAUCUCUGAAGUCUGGGAAAUUCCAAGCCAUGUGGCCACACGGGAGCUGGCUGGCUGGCGUCUGAGCUGUGGCAGGUGCACCUGGAGCCCCAGGGCAGACGGUGAGGAAAGGCGGGAACCACUCAGGCAGGAGUGCUCAGCUCUCCCCGAAGGGAGAAGAUGGGAGUCCUCACAAUAUCUCAAGCCCCAGUAGAAAGAUAAAAGGAUGAAAGUGGUGCCUGGUUUUCAGAGACUUGUGCUGUAGCUGAGGUAACUGUACUUUCCAGGGAAUAGUUUUAGAGGAUGGGAGCUUGUCAAGUGAGGACAUCUCUAAAGUCCAUGGAGAUUGGAGCCCUAGCCAUGAUUAUGUCAUUGGAGUGACUCUGGCAGCUCUUGGGCAGAAGCAUCAUGGUACUGAACCCAGUCAUGAGGUCAUUGCCCAGGUCAGGUUUCCCUGUGAGGCCGUACUCUGGGCCCAUAGCCGUUCAUGCAUCCUGACUGAGGCCCUGCCUCAGCCACAGCAGUACUCUGACCCGUGGUCGCCACUCAGUUAUUCAUGUACCUGCCAGGCCCUGCUAGACAACACCCCAUGGCAUUAUAUAAUACUUCUUGAAUGACUGUGUUUUGUCAUCUGGGAGACAGGUUUCUCUCUCUCUCUUUCCUUUUUCAAAAGUCCAGAGGGGGCCAGGGAUUUAGACAGUGGUUCUGCCGCUUGCCUCGAAAGCGCAAGGUCCGGAGUUCGAUCCCCGGUACAAAAACAAAAAAAAAGUCCAGAGGAUGACAACCAGUGACAGUGACUAAGUGAUCCUCACUGACAGGGCAAAGCCCCAGGCAGUGGCAGCCUUAGCAAAAAUUCAGCCUCUGCCAGUUGCCCUGGGGCUAAGAUAGCUUUUGGGGACUCCUAGGGAUGUACCAUCCAUUUUCAAAGAUGUCAAGCAACACUUCCUCCUGCAGGGCCUGAGUCACACCUCCUGUCAAGGCCAGACCGUGGAAGGUUAUGUUCUAUUCUGGGAGAUUGUUGUAAUUUAAGUAAUUGUUUUAAUAAAAUCCUAAGCUGUAAUA